AUGGAUCACGCAAAGUUGGCUAAGAUGCAGGCGAGCGUGCGGAUUGGUAUAGGAAAGGGUACUCCCCGCCGCAAGGUCAAGAAGGUCCACAAGUCCUCCGGUGCCGACGACAAGAAGCUCCAGGCCACCCUCAAGAAGAUGAACGUUCAGCCCAUCCAGGCUAUUGAGGAAGUCAACAUGUUCAAGGAAGACGGAAACGUCAUCCACUUCGCUGCUCCCAAGGAUGAAACAAUUCCAGUCCACGCCUCCGUCCCCUCCAACACCUUCGCUCUCUACGGUAACGGUGAGGAGAAGGAACUCACUGAGCUCGUCCCCGGCAUCCUGAACCAGCUCGGCCCCGACUCCCUCGCCUCCCUCCGCAAGCUCGCCGAGAGCUACCAGAACAUGCAGAAGAACCAGGGUGGUGACAAGAAGGACGAGGAUGAGGACGAUAUCCCCGAUCUGGUGGAGGGCGAGAACUUCGAGAACACUGUUGAAUAA